AUGUCUUUUGAGAAAGCGAAGAGCAUCAUCGCUGAGUCCGAAAGGGAACUCCGCAAAGAAAUAUCAAAGAUUAUAGAUGAAAGGAGUGUUCAGAACAAAGUUCUUGAAGAGGCAAAGCAAACUGCAGAAAUUCAAGCAAAACAUUUCCUAGAUGAUGAAGUAGCUCCUCCUCCAGAGAUCCCAGGCAUUUUAGCAGAUAGUGACGAGAAAGAUGAAUAUCUUUUUGUUCUCGAAUACCUCGAAUCUCUCGGAUUGAAAAUUACACCAACAGUUCUUAGAUAUGAAUCACAGCAUCCAGAAGUUCAAUGCGAUCGCAAGAAACUCGCUCGCAAUUAUAAUCUUAAAAACUACGAUAGAACACCUCUUCUUGUUCAAUUAAUCGAAGAGCGUCUUAGAAAUAUGGAAGUUACUACUACAAUGAACUAG